AUGGCACCAACCGUGUGGCCAACCAUCCACCGCACAACACUUGAGUUAUUUCCAUAUUCUUCCUUUUCGUUCAAACUCACAGGUACUGCAAAUACACCGGACACGACAGGUAAAGGUCCGGAGGAUUCACCGCCCGCACCAUCCAGCAUACCCACAACAACAGGAAAUGACGGAAACGCGGGUACACCAGGUGUACCAGGUCCAUCUCGUGAAACAGGUGCACGUGGUGACGCCAGUACACCCGUUACUGACACGGACCCUACCCAUAGGUGGACCAUACAGGACGAUGAAAUAUAUGUGGAUCCCCCGCCUUCAACGUCCAUCCCGGGAUCCGCAAGAAGAGAACAGCUCCCCGGGGAAGAGAAGGACCCUACAUUCAACCUCAAGUUGCCAGAACUCGAUGUCACAAGCGACACUGUCACAGACAGACCCACAUGUGACACAGUCACGCACAUACCCACAUGUGAUGAUCCUAAGCCCGACAUCACAGACAUACCAACAUGCGAAACAGUCACAGACACACCCACAUGUGAGGAUCCUAAGCCCGAAAUCACACAACCACCAGGCUCCGGUAACGCAGUCACAGACACACACACAUGUGAUCAUCCUCAGCCCGACAUCACAGACAUACCCACGCACGACACAGUCCCGGACAUACCCACAUGUGAGGAUCCUAAGCCCGAAAUCACAGACAUACCCACACGUGACACAGUCACGGACAUACCCACAUGUGCUGAUCCUAAGCCCGAAAUCACACAACCACCAGGCUCCGGUGACGCAGUCACAGACAGACCCACAUGUGAUCAUCCUCAGCCCGACAUCACACAACACACAAGCACACACGCCACAGUCACGGCCAUACCCACAUGUGAGGAUCCUAAGCCCGAAAUCACAGACAUACCCACAUGUAAAGCAGUCACAGACACACCCACAUGUGCUGAUCCUAAGCCCGAAAUCACACCACAACCAGGCUCCGGUAACGCAGUCACAGACACACCCACAUGUGAUCAUCCUCAGCCCGACAUCACAGACAGCCCCACAUGCGACACAGUCACGCACAUACCCACAUGUGAGGAUCCUAAGCCCGAAAUCACACAACCACCAGGCUCCGGUAACGCAGUCACAGACACACCCACAUGUGAUCAUCCUCAGCCCGACAUCACACAACACACAGUCACAAGCCACACCGUCACGGACACACCCACAGUACACACUACCACGUGGCUCCGUUGGAUUGACCGCAACAAGUACCUUGUGCGGGAGUGCACGGGGCAAACAUGGUUCAAUGAAAUCAAAUCGGAAUGGAAACAAUACCUGCGUGCGCACAUGGUGGCAAACGAGGAUAACGGAUUAUACGGCCAUAGUGAAUUCGGUGCAGCGGCAACCCUGCAGAUAAACAAGCUUGACGCAUGGAAAGCAUGGGUAGCGCAACAACAUCGGCAAAUGAGUAUGUAUGGCCAGGAGGCGUGGUUUCAACAUUUGUUUACUAAUGUACAGGAGGCGACAGUGCCGGCAACAGGCGAAGUACAUGGAGUCGACAACGACUUAGAAGUGGAACAUGUAAUGGCCGCAGAACAUGUUCUAAGAGUGACAGUUGCACCACGCUCGCAACUGCAUCAACAACCUCAUAUGAAACCACGCUUCACCGCUAAAACAUGGAUACUGAUCCUGGCAUUAGUCAUAGAACAGUGCGAGGUCGACAGCCGUUUGCAGCAGACGGAGUUAUAUGUCGAUGAUCUAUUGCAGCAACUGUGA